GCUCGGACUGUUGGAGAUAUCUGCGAGGAGGAGGAGCUGUCAAAGUUUCCCAGGGAAGGAAAAGUCUUUAACUUAAGGAUAAAAACAACUAAAGGUUUUUCAGUUUUGAUAAAGCGGAAUAUCGCCUGUUGUUGGCAUGGAAUGACACCUUGUGACCGGGAGCUUCAAAACACGAUGGCAGGCCGUUUAGUGAAGUGGAUCCUUCUCACCUCUGUCUGCUUAGGCUGCUGUGCUCUGGCGGAAAGGAAAGUAUGCCAAGGCAUCGCAAAUCGUUUAAACCUUCUGGGUUCCAAAGAGGACCAUUACUUGAACAUGGUGAAGACCUACAGCAACUGCACUGUUGUCUUGGAGAACCUGGAAGUCACCUACAUGGAGGAUCACCAUGACCUGUCCUUUCUCACGUCUAUUGAAGAAGUGGGUGGUUAUGUGCUGAUAGCCCUCAACACAGCAUCGAGGAUUCCUCUGCAGAACCUGCGCAUUAUUCGUGGUCAUUCGCUCUACGAGGGAUUGUUUGGCCUCGCUGUUCUGACCAAUUAUGACAAAGGUACAGGUCAGAGAACCAAUGAGGUUCUUCUCACAAGCCUCACAGAAAUUCUUAAAGGAGGUGUUAACUUUGGGAGUAACCAGCCCUGCAAUGUGGAAACGAUACAGUGGUACGAUAUUGUCAACAGUGAGAACAAACCCAAAAUGGUGCUGCCAUUGGACAUCAGCCCUACGCGAUGUAAAAGAUGCGACUCAAGCUGCUUUAAUGGCUCAUGCUGGGCACCAGGUCCUAAAAACUGUCAAACAUUCACAAAGCUGAACUGUGCAGAGCAGUGCUCUAAGAGAUGCAAAGGACCUUCACCGAGUGACUGCUGUAAUGAGCAUUGUGCUGCAGGCUGCACAGGACCUCGGCCAACCGAUUGUCUGGCCUGUCGGGACUUCCAGGACGACGGGGUGUGUAAAGACUCCUGCCCGGGCCUUAUGCGCUACGACCCCAACCUGCACCAGCUGGUUCCCAACCCACAUGGGAAGUACAACUUUGGGGCCACCUGCGUCAAGAGCUGCCCACAUAACUAUGUUGUAACGGAUCAUGGAGCGUGUGUGCGGACGUGCAGUGCUAACACAUACGAGAAGGACGAGGGAAAAAUCAGGAAGUGCGUCAAGUGUGAAGGACUGUGCCCAAAAGUGUGUAAUGGACUUGGAACAGGAAACCUGACUAACAUCAUAUCUAUCAAUGCCACCAACAUUGACUCAUUUAAAAACUGCACGAAAAUCAAUGGCAACAUAGCUAUCAUCCAAACAUCAAUUCAUGGGGAUCCAUAUACCAAAACACCAAAGAUGGACCCUUCCCAGCUUGAAGUGUUUAAGACAGUUAAGGAAAUAACUGGAUACUUGUUGAUCCAAACGUGGCCAGAUAACAUGAACUCACUCAGUCCUUUUGAGAAUUUGGAGAUCGUUCGUGGAAGAACUAAACGUGGUAGCCGCAGUGUGAUUUUGACUCAGCUCAAUAUCAACCACUUGGGCCUUCGCUCCCUCAAAGAAAUCAGCGAUGGAGACGUGAUCAUCUUUUCCAACCAAAACCUGUGCUACACCAACAAAAGCGACUGGAAGAGGCUCUUCAAAUCAGAAAGCCAGAGUGCCAACAUAGAGGGAAAUGCUGAUGCUGCAACAUGUGCCCUGUUGAACAAGACUUGCGACAGGAAGUGUACCGCGGAUGGCUGCUGGGGUCCUGGCCCGGACAUGUGUUUCGCCUGUCGAGAUUACAGCCGAGAUGGGAGCUGUGUUGACUCCUGCAACAUCCUGGAGGGAGAACAGCGAGAGACAGUGGUGAAUAACUCCUGCAUCGAGUGUCACCCCGAGUGUCAACGCGUGAAUGGGACCGCGACCUGCAGUUCUCCUACAUCUAAAAGCUGUACUAAGUGUGCCAACUUCCAGGAUGGCCUGAACUGUGUUUCUCGGUGUCCACAAGGCUUGCCAGGGGAGGACGACAUGCUGGUGUGGAAAUACGCAGAUGAAAAGAAAGUGUGCAAGCUCUGCCACAAAAACUGCACUCAGGGGUGCAUGGGGCCUGGUCUUAACGGCUGCCAGAGUAAAAGCACCUCUGGCCUCUCCAUGAUCGCGGCUGGUGUUGUCAGUGGGCUGCUGGCUGUUGUCAUUGCAGGCCUGUCUGUGUUUGUGUUGCUGCGCCGACGCCACAUCAAGAGGAAGAGAACGACGCGCAGACUUCUGCAAGAGAGAGAGUUGGUUGAACCGCUGACUCCAAGUGGAGAAGCACCAAACCAGGCUCUGCUGCGAAUCCUGAAGGAACCCGAAUUCAAGAAACUCAAAGUGCUGGGCUCAGGAGCCUUUGGUACAGUUUACAAGGGCCUGUGGGUUCCAGAGGGAGAGGAUGUGAAGAUCCCGGUGGCCAUCAAGGUUUUGAGAGAGAAAACAUCACCAAAAGCAAACACAGAGAUCUUGGACGAGGCUUAUGUGAUGGCCAGUGUGGAACACCCCCAUGUGUGUCGCCUGCUCGGCAUCUGCCUGACCUCCACUGUGCAGCUCGUCACUCAGCUGAUGCCGUACGGCUGCCUGCUGGACUAUGUCAAAGAAAACAAGGACAAUAUCGGCUCCCAGUACCUGCUCAACUGGUGUGUGCAGAUAGCCAAGGGUAUGAACUACCUGGAGGAGCGCCACUUAGUACACCGUGACUUGGCAGCGAGAAAUGUUUUGGUAAAGACUCCUCAACAUGUCAAGAUCACAGACUUUGGUCUGGCCAAACUCCUCAACGCAGACGAAAAAGAGUACCAUGCAGAUGGGGGAAAGGUACCAAUAAAAUGGAUGGCUCUUGAAUCUAUCCUGAACAGAACAUACACACACCAGAGUGACGUAUGGAGUUACGGCGUAACAGUUUGGGAGCUGAUGACAUUUGGGACCAAACCAUAUGAUGGGAUUCCAGCCAGUGAAAUAGCUGGGGUCCUGGAGAAAGGGGAGCGACUGCCUCAACCACCAAUCUGUACCAUAGACGUCUACAUGAUCAUGGUGAAAUGUUGGAUGAUUGAUGCGGACAGCCGACCACGUUUCCGGGAACUUAUAGCUGAGUUUUCUAAAAUGGCACGGGAUCCUUCUCGAUAUCUGGUCAUUCAGGGCGAUGAUCGCAUGCAUCUACCGAGUCCUACAGACACUAAAUUGUACCGCAGUCUGAUCAGCGGAGAUGGCAUGGAGGACACUGUAGAUGCAGACGAGUACUUGGUGCCACAGCGUGGCUUCUUCAGCAGCCCGAGCACCUCCAUCACCCCGCUGCUGCACUCCACAAGCCUCAACAGUAGCAUUGGAACGGGCCACUGCAAAAAGGGCCUAUUGAAUGGAUUCCCGAGCAGUGAUGGCAGCAUGGUCCUCCGAUACAUUCCUGACCCCACAGACACACUUUUAGUCGACGCCUUCCUGCCCUCUCCAGACUACAUGAACCAGAACGGAGUCUCUGAUAUGAUGAAUCCCAUCUACCAGCACCCGGGUCCUCCUCGCACCAUGCUUCCGACCAUUUCCUCAGACGACACAGAGUCUGAGUACCUGAACUGCUAUAAAAACGGUGAAGCUGGACCCGAGUACCUGAACGAGAUCCCGCCCAACGCCAGCCAACCGCUCCACUCGAAUGGCACGGUCCACAGCAUUCAGAAAUACCAACCACAGAAUAGCAUGGACAACCCGGAUUACCAAUACGAUUUCACUCCCACCUUCAAGACCCAUGCAAAUGGACACAUCCCAGCGGCAGAGAACACAGAGUAUCUGGGCCCAGACUGAGGACUUAGUGGAUACAGACGAUAAGUAUCAUGUUCCAUUAAGGAAAGGCAUUAAUGUCUUGGAAAAUAUGGCUAAGUGGUACCAUCAAUUAUCAUUUAUGUUAAGUGACACUUGGCAGAGCUUUCUGUGUUGUUUGCAUGCAGUCACAACCCCUCUCGUUCCAAAGAGUUUUUCUUACCACCACAACUGCAAAGUACUUUUUCUUAAUGAAAGCGUGACUCGUACAGGACUCAGUUGACCUGAGAGUUGCUGGACCAAAUGCGCUUCGUUCAAUUGUUGUAACCCCUGUCAGAAAGUGAAAAUGUUGUCUGAGAGUUAUGCACAAAAUGCUGCAAGUGAUCCCAAUGUGUUAGUAGAGGACUGCUUAUAAAAAAAGAUGUAAAUGCCUCCAUUUUUCUAGGAGGCAGAAGCUCUUCUGCAAACAGCAACUGGCAGCUCAACCCAACCUAAGGUACAUGUGUUUUGUGAAACAUAGGUUGUAUAAGCGAGGGACACAGUGGUGCACUCACUUGACACUGAAGUGAAGGCUUAGAGCAUUUCUCUGUGGCGAAGUUAAGACGAUUAAAGGGUUUUAAGAGUAAAAUGCUGGCUCGACUGUUGGGGACCUCGGAGGCCUGACGACACUCAUCCUGAGGGACGAGUCAACGAGGAAACAAAAUGUCGCAAUGUACAGAAUGUAUAUUUAGGGGAAAACUGGUGACUGGUUUAAAUAUGUUACUUCUAUGGUCUAAGACAGUUCUGUAUGACUUUGAAAUGGGGUGCUUCCUUAUUUAGAAAAAAAAAGAGUAUAAUAUAACACUAACUAUAAGGAGAAUGUAAUGUUAAUAAGAAUUUGUGAUUGUUGUAUUUACACAUCUGUGUUUAGCUGUUGGAAACCAGCAGGACCUCUGUGGCAUAAAGCAUAUUUAUGUGGACCCAAAAGUCAAACUCUGAGCUUUUUAUCAGUAUUGCGCAUUAGUUUGUGUGCGUAUAAAAUGUUUUACUUUGGAAGCUACGGUAAAAACAUAAAGGGAUUAAACCAGUCUCUUUUAAAAUGCAUAUAAAUAGUUGUAGUAUUCGUAUGUUUCACUUGUUUGAAAAACACUGUUAGAACUGUCUUAGAGCAUGUGAGUAAUGUGUUUAAUACUUUAGAUUAGAAGUGUUUCCCUGUAAACGUGAGUUGUUUUACAGACUAUGAAUAGCUUCAUGUUUCUUCAGAAACAAAUAUUUUUUCCUGAUCUCUAAUGUUUAUAUUUUUAUUACCUGGAGACUUGUCUUUGUUUGAAUUUCCGUUUUUUUAACAAAAGUGUAUACACAUGUUUCACGCCGGGUGUUGACAUCAUAUCUAUGAAUUUGCUCUAAGCUUUUAAGUCUUGAAGUCUUGCAAGAGCAUUACAUUUGCAAAUAUUAUUCCUAGUUUUAAAGGAAAAUAUUAUUGUAGCAACAUGAAGCCUACUUUUGCAGAUUUUACACAGGUACAUGUACAGAAAACAGAGAUUAUACUGUAAUAUACUCCAAAGUAGUCACCUAUAAUUUAUACUCAAUACACAGGUUUGUCACAUUAUACGUGAAUAUGCACUUAUUCCUGAAUUGUGAUCAUAUCAUUCAAAGGUGAACAUGAAUAAAUCUCUUUCUAUGGAAA